CCCCCACCACCUUCCUCCCUAUAAAAAUCCAUAACCUCAGUUCUGCAAAUUCAUCUUACGCAAUUUUCUCUUUUACAUGUCGCAUUGGCUCUAAAUCUUCAGCAAUCUUUCAUCGUUUUCGUGUGUUAAGCGGUUGCAAUGGCGGAGGGACAGAUGGCUGAUGCCGAGACGUUCGCCUUCCAGGCUGAGAUCAACCAGUUGCUAAGUUUGAUCAUCAACACCUUCUACAGCAACAAGGAGAUCUUUCUUCGAGAACUAAUUAGCAAUUCUUCUGAUGCGUUGGAUAAAAUCCGUUUCGAGAGCUUGACUGACAAGAGCAAACUCGAUGCUCAACCCGAGCUAUUCAUCCGGAUUGUUCCUGAUAAGGUUAACAAGACCUUGUCGAUCAUUGAUAGCGGUGUUGGAAUGACAAAAGCAGAUUUGGUGAACAACUUGGGGACAAUUGCUAGAUCUGGUACCAAGGAAUUCAUGGAGGCACUGCAGGCUGGGGCCGAUGUAAGCAUGAUUGGGCAGUUUGGUGUAGGUUUCUAUUCAGCCUAUCUAGUUGCUGAAAAAGUCAUCGUUACUACAAAACACAACGAUGAUGAGCAGUACAUCUGGGAGUCGCAAGCUGGUGGUUCAUUCACGGUUACUAAGGAUGUUAAUGGGGAGCCACUUGGUAGAGGAACCAAGAUGACCCUCUUCCUCAAAGAGGACCAGUUGGAGUACCUGGAAGAGAGGAGAAUUAAGGACCUGGUGAAGAAACAUUCCGAGUUUAUUAGCUAUCCUAUCUAUCUAUGGACUGAAAAGACAACUGAGAAGGAGAUAAGUGAUGAUGAAGAUGAGGAGCCUAAAAAGGAAGAAGAAGGUGACAUUGAGGAGGUUGAUGAAGAGAAAGAGAAGGAGAAGGGCAAGAAGAAAAAGAUCAAGGAGGUAUCUCAUGAGUGGCAACUUAUUAACAAGCAGAAACCAAUCUGGCUGCGCAAGCCAGAGGAGAUCACCAAGGAAGAGUAUGCUUCUUUCUACAAGAGCUUGACUAACGACUGGGAGGAUCAUCUCGCAGUAAAACACUUCUCUGUUGAAGGACAACUUGAGUUUAAGGCGAUCCUCUUUGUGCCCAAGCGGGCCCCAUUUGACUUGUUUGACACUCGUAAGAAGAUGAACAACAUCAAGUUAUAUGUUAGGAGGGUCUUCAUUAUGGACAACUGUGAAGAGCUCAUUCCUGAGUAUCUUGGGUUCGUGAAGGGUGUUGUGGACUCCGAUGACUUGCCUCUCAACAUCUCUCGUGAGAUGCUUCAGCAGAACAAGAUUCUUAAAGUUAUCCGGAAGAAUCUUGUGAAGAAAUGCAUCGAAAUGUUCAAUGAGAUUGCAGAGAACAAGGACGAUUACAACAAAUUCUAUGAAGCCUUCUCCAAGAAUCUGAAACUGGGUAUCCAUGAGGACAGCCAGAACAGGAGCAAGUUGGCAGAUCUGCUCCGAUACCAUUCAACCAAGAGUGGGGAUGAAUUGACCAGCUUGAAAGACUAUGUUACCCGUAUGAAGGAGAACCAAAAGGAUAUUUACUACAUCACUGGUGAGAGCAGGAAGGCGGUUGAGAACUCCCCAUUCCUGGAGAGGCUUAAGAAGAAAGGAUAUGAAGUACUGUUCAUGGUGGACGCUAUUGAUGAGUAUGCAGUUGGACAGCUGAAGGAAUAUGAUGGGAAGAAGCUUGUGUCUGCCACUAAGGAGGGACUAAAACUUGAAGACGAAACAGAGGAAGAGAAGCAAAAGAAGGAAGAGAAGAAGAAGUCAUUUGAGAAUCUUUGCAAGACAAUUAAAGAGAUAUUGGGAGAUAAGGUGGAGAAAGUAGUUGUUUCUGAUAGAAUUGUGGACUCCCCUUGCUGUUUGGUGACCGGAGAAUAUGGGUGGACGGCUAACAUGGAGCGGAUAAUGAAGGCACAGGCUCUUAGGGACAGUAGCAUGGGGUCAUACAUGUCGAGCAAGAAGACCAUGGAGAUAAACCCUGAUAACCCCAUCAUGGAGGAGCUGAGGAAGAGAGCUGAGGCUGACAAGAAUGACAAGUCUGUGAAGGAUUUGGUGCUGCUGCUGUUUGAAACUGCUCUGCUGACGUCUGGAUUCAGCUUGGAGGAUCCCAACACAUUUGGAGGGAGGAUUCACAGAAUGUUGAAGUUGGGUCUGAGCAUUGAUGAGGAAGAAGGUGGUGAGGAUGCUGAAAUGCCUACUUUGGAGGAAGAGGAUGUCGAGGAAAGCAAGAUGGAGGAAGUUGAUUAGAGGUUUGUUGGGUUGUGGUAGGUGCAUAGAGUGAGUUGUUUGAACAGUUGGGGUCUAUUUUCGUGUUUUCAAGUGGUUUUGGGUCUAUAAUGGGGUGUCAAAGUGCAUAAUCCGGUUUUUGUUGCGUCUUGAUUUUGGUUUAAAGAUCUUUAUUGCUU